CUGCACCAUGGUGGAGGUGACAGUGACGCCGCAGUCCUCGCUGGCCGACCGGCCGGUGCAGAUCCGUGUGCAGGGACUGUCCCCAUCCCAACUUGUCACGCUCCGGGCAUGGCUGAAGGACGAGCAGGGCGAGUGCUUCCAAUCCCGUGCCUUCUUCCGCGCUGAUGAAGCGGGAGAGGUGGAUCCCGGGCUCCAUGCCGCCCUGGGGGGCAGCUACUCCGGGGUCUGGCCCAUGGGGCUGCUGUGGUUCCUGCAGCCUGACACGCUGUUCCGGCGGCUGGUGAAGCGGGAUGUGGCUGGCAGCCCCUUCCGCGUGCGGCUGGAAGUGUUGGACGGGCUCAGCCUGGGCACGGAUCCACGGGAGCAGCCACUGGCAUCCUGUGAGGCCGAGCGCUGGUACGUGGGCCCCGGAGUGCAGCGGGUGCCCAUCCGUGAGGGAAGGGUCCGUGGCGCCCUGUUCCUGCCUCCUGGUCCAGGCCCCUUCCCUGGAGUCAUCGACCUGUUUGGGGGUGCAGGGGGGCUGAUUGAGUUCCGGGCAGGGCUCUUGGCCAGCCGGGGCUUUGCCGUGCUGGCCCUCGCCUUCUUCGCCUACGACGACCUGCCCCGAGUCCUGGCCCAGCUGGACCUGGAAUAUUUUGAGGAAGCGGCAGAGCUGCUGCUCCGGCAUCCCAAGGUCCGAGGCCCCGGCCUGGGUGUGGUGGGCGUCUCCAAAGGCGCAGAGGUGGCCUUGGCCAUGGCCACCUUCCUGCCACAGGUGGUGGCCACGGUGUGGAUCAACGGCACGAGCUUCCUGUAUGGAAACCCUCUGCUCUACAAGGAUCUGCGCAUCCCUGCCAUCCCCUACCACACCGAGCGCGUCCUGUUCACCGAGGUGGGAGCCAUGGACAACUCGGCCAUCUUCGACGACCCCCGGGAUGCCGCCCACCGCGCCUCGGCCAUCCCGGUGGAGAGGAUCCGGGGAAAGGUGCUGUUUGUGGUGGGAGAGGCCGACCGCAGCUUCAACAGCAAGCUCUUUGCUGAGCUGGCCCUGGCGCGGAUGCCGCCGGAGAGCGGCCGGGUCCUGUCCUACCCCGGCGCCGGGCACCUGAUCGAGCCCCCCGGAUCCCCCCUGUGCGGCAACUCCGCCAUCCGCGGCACUCCCAAGCCGGUGGCGUGGGGAGGAGAGCUCCAGGCCCACGCCCGGGCACAGGAACAUUCCUGGCAGGAGAUCCUGCAGUUCUUGGAGCUCCAUCUGGGGUCGGUUGCUGCCAUGAAGCUAUGA